AUGGCUCUUUUAUUACCAAGUAAUCUAAAGAAUGCAUUAUAUACCUUAUCAAAUAAAUGCGUUAUUUCUAAAACAAUAAACAUCAAUCCCCUACGAUAUCUCAUUCUUCGAAAUACGCAUUCUCGAUUCUCAUCAACCACCACAUCUUCAUCGAUCCCACUUCGCCCAUUACCACCACCUAAACCUUCCCGACAUUUUAAAAAACCCCAUAGAGAACAAGAACCAACAAAAAAUAAUGAUUACGACUACGACACCUACACAAAAAACCUAAACGCCAAAAUACUAUCGCUUCCCGAAGUAAAAUCACUUUUAGCCCACCCGGAAUUCGUACAAACUCGCGGCUUCUCAUCGCUAAACGAGCAAACACAUUACCACCCUUUCACCGCGAGAACUUUAAUGGGCCCAGGCAAGUUUGCGGUGUCACCAAUCGUUUUUUUAAAUUUGCAAACUAGAGAGUUGGUCGGGUUCCAGCAUAUUGGUAGGGAUUUGAGUGGACAUGAGGGAAUUGCGCAUGGUGGAUUGUUAGCUACUGUGGCAGAUGAGAUGUUUGCGAGAUUGGUAAUUCCAUGUUUCCCAGAAAAAAACGCAGCAACAGUUUAUCUCAACAUAAAUUACCGUGCUCCAUGUCCUUCCGACGCAAUUAUUAAAUGCUACGUCAAAAUCGCUGAUUUGGAGGGUCGUAAAGCUUUUGUCGAAGGAAGAAUUGAAACUAUAGAAGAUGAUGAUAAUGACAAUAUUAAUAAUAUUGUGGUUGUUGACGCUAAUGGAUUAUUUGUGAGUAUAAAAAAAAUAGAGACAAAUAGAAAAUUUGCAACUUAA